CGCGGCACUUGAGACAUCCAGAUGUUGCGUUUGAGGCACCGGAGUACAACAGUUUCCACGCUGAGACAAACUUUCAUACAUCGCUUUUCCUGUUGAGCGGCAGCGAUGGGAGCUGGCGGGCUCGACUGAAGGAAGACAAGUCAAACAUUUUCACGCCACUUUUAUCAGUUUGGACAAAGAGGAUACAAAAGAGGACACGAGAGCUACGAUUUAACUGCGCAGUUUGGACGUUUAAACCUGAUUGAAAUGUGUUUCUACGCUGGUUUGGAGUUAAAUAGUCCACACUGUCGCUGAAAUUACGUUUAAAACUUGUUUUUUGUCACUGUUUGUGAGUGCGUUUUUUGGGACAUCAUGGCUUUUCUUCACUUGCUCCUGUGCGCCGGGAUGGUGUCGCUGCCCAUGUGUGGUGCGUUUUUCCGGGGACCCCUGCACCCGGAGAUGUCCAACGGCACUUUUCAUCAUUAUUUCGUGCCGGAUGGAGACUACGAGGACAACGACGACCCGGAGAAAUGCCAAAUGCUUUUCAAGAUGACCGACGACCGAAAGUGCGGUCUGGACGAGGACCAGGACGCAGUGAUACGGGAUGAUUUUACCAUCAUCAAGAGGCAGAUCGAGGACUCGGCCCGGGUGCUGGAGGGGAUCGGGAAAAGCAUCUCGUACGACCUGGACGGAGAGGACAGCUACGGGAAGUAUUUGCGCAGGGAGACGGCGCAGAUCAGCGAGGCGUUUACAAACUCAGAGAAAUCUCUGCUGGAGCUGGAGGUGAAAUUCAAGCAGAGCCAAGACAGCGAGCUGAAAGAGGAGCACCGGCUCAGCGACGACUUUCUCAACAUGGUAGUGCACACACGGGACGUCCUGAAGGACACGGUGGACAUUUCUCUGGGACUCAAGGACAAGCACGAGCUCCUGUCUCUGAUCAUCCGCAGCCACGGCACGAGACUGAGCAGACUGAAGAACGAAUACAUGAAGUUUUGAGAGAAAGUAGAUCCUACAAGUCUCUUUACAGUACUAUUUUUAUUUUUUAUUUUUCUACGGUGGAGUGUGUGACCAUAAGGCAGAGGUAGGGCAAAGAAAGAGAGCAUUCAUAUCAGGGAUAAAAACAAAACUUAAAGGGUCAGUACACCUAAAUUCUAAACAAAACACAUAUUUUCUUUCAUAACCCUUUACAACCUGAGCAAAUUGGCUUGUUUUCUUUUUAAAAACACAAGAGAAAGCUGCAAUGUACCUGAAAUGUACUCAGAUAUAUUUUUAAAAAAGGAGGGGGGGUCCCCCGACCAUGAGUCAAAGGCAGAGUAUAAAAAAUGACCAGUCAUAUCCGGGAUACAAAGGGUAAGUACACCUAAAUUCCAAACAAAAAUACAAAUAUUUUCACUUUUAACCUUUUGACACUUGAGCAAGUUGGCUUGCUUUAUGUAAAAAAUACAAGAGGAAGUUCCAAGUCCUGGAUUACAAAACAAUAACCCCAAAUUUACCAAAUUAAGGAAAAGGGUUAAACAAUUUAAAAAAAAAAAGAAAAGAAUAAAUAAAAAUAAAAACAAUAUAGUUAAUUAUUUUGUAUUUUAUUUCAUUUUUGUCCCUUUACCUUUUCGAAACCUAAGAAAUUAUAAUUAAAAAAAAAUAAAUUUACCUUGAUCUGUUCAAAAGCAUAGAAGGGAAUUAUGAAUUACAAGAAAAUCACGUCAAAUUUACCCCCAAAAAUAAAAAAAAAGGAAAAAACAAAUAGAAAGUUAAAA